AGAAAAUAAGAAUUUAUAAACUUAAAAUAAUCGAUAAGAUAAGAAGAGCAAAACGCAGCGUCUCGAGUGACAUAGGUUUUCUUGAGCUCGUGUAGUGUGGCUGAUUUGGUUCGGAGACACCUCUGAGGAGCGAGAAGAGCCAAAAUCAGACAAGCAUAUCAAGAUCAUGACGGACUAUAUACAAGAGCAGGAGAUGGAAAUUGAAGCGUUGGAAGCAAUACUUAUGGAUGAUUUCAAAGAAAUUCACUCGGGUGAGAGUGGGUUAAACACUUCCAAGAGGUGUUUUCAAAUAAAAGUAACUCCAGUGGAUGAUGAGGCAGAUGAAGUAACAACUGCUCCAGUUCAGCUGGCUUUGAUUUUCUCACACACAGAAAGAUAUCCAGAGGAGCCUCCGCUUUUGAAUUUGAACAGUUUACGUGGUAUACAAGGAGAACAUCUUAGAAUUUUGAAAGAAAAGCUUCAACAAGAGGCAUCUGAAAAUCUUGGUAUGGCUAUGAUCUACACACUAGUUACAUCAGCUAAAGAAUGGCUUUCUGAGCAAUAUUGUCAAGACACUAGUAUUGAGGAUGCUGAAGCAGAAGAAGCAGCAAAGGAUGAUGUAAUUGUACCACAUGGAGAACCUGUUACUGUUGAAACAUUUCUGGCAUGGAGAGAGAUGUUUGAAGCAGAAUUGGCACUUGAGCGAGCCAAGUUAAUGCCUGAGGCUGCGCUUUCAGCACCCAAGGAAAAGAGGCUCACAGGUAGACAAUGGUUUGAAAGUGGAAGACAUGCUGUGAAAGGAGCAGCCCCAGCCACUGAAGGGUCUGAUGAAGAAGAUGUGGAAGACAUCGACUUCGACGAUGAUGAUUUUGAAGAUGAUGAAGACGAUAUGCUUGAACAUUAUUUGGCUGAGAAAACCGACUCGUCAUCCCACUCUUCCAAGAGAGAGACUAACUAGAGCACCAUCCAAUGAAGUAUGCGCCUGCAUUUGGCUUUGUCUUCAUAUGUAUUUUGCGCCUGGCUUUAGGCGUCGAGGACAAAUAGGACAUGUGGUUUUAUGACUACCAUUAUUUUUUGUAGAGAGCUGAGAGAAGAGUGGAUUUUGCAAAAA